AUGGAUCCUUUCCAGUAUCCAGAUAUUCCGCAGAUCCCCGCCUUCGAGGACGACCAGCACUUCUUCCUCUCGUCAGAUGGGGAUUUCGAGUUCUCACCUUACGCCAAGCGACCUGCCGUGUUUGGGUACUACAGAGACGGCUUCGAGCAAGGCAUGGUGGACCCGGAGGUUGUGAACAUGCAGCCGCUGCAGCGGUUCCUUCACGGCGGAGAUCCCUCUCCUCUCCCUCCUGCGCUUGUACAUACCGAACCUUCCCGAGACCUUCAACAUCAAUACUACGCCCCUUACGGACGGCCCUGGCCAACCUCGGAGUUCCCGCACUACUUCUCGCGAAGCGGCUCUCCGGAGGGCACCUCGACUUCAGGCACAUCGAGCCAGGCCCAGCAUAACGACGUCUCCUCUCCUGGGGCGGUCCACUCUGUCCCAUAUGGCACCAUGGACGCCUUCACCCAACAAACACUCGCAUGCCCUGGUGCCGAGUCCCUUAAAGGAGGCGUGUAUUCAUCCCAACUCCAGCUACCCGGUAACAGUGUCCAUCCCAAGGAUCUUGAGCUGCAGCACCAUGAUGAAGCUCACGCCCCUACGGAGGAGCUCGAGGCAAUGGAUGUACAAUCCGACUACGACUAUGAGGCAGAAACAUCCUAUCCAAACGCAGAGGCCGCACAAGUUGACACCAUAUCCGAAUCCUUCAACAACAACCAACCUGAUCCGGAGAUGGGCCAUUCCCUUCAAGUGGCUGAAGAAGUGCUGCCCAUGACCCAGAGCGAAGAGUCCGACUCCGACUACAAGCCCACCACGAGGCACAGGAGAACACGGUCAACCUCCCAUCGCACUCCCAGGAGACAAACCUUAGCACGCCACGGUCCACACUCCUCCACAACCACCUCCCCUUCCCAACCGCACUCACCAUAUCACAAUCGCAGCCGCCGCCGCCCCUCCCAGCGCGACACAAAGUCCCCCACCUCACCAGCAGCCACCACCUCUGGAGCUCCAAAGGAGCGCCCAUUCCCCUGCCCCCUUGCCCGUUACGGCUGCCCCUCCGACUUCCGCUCCAAAAACGAAUGGAAGCGGCACGUCUCGACCCAACACAUCAAACUCGGCUUCUGGCGCUGCGACCUGUGCGCCCCAACCGUCGACCCGCACGACGCGUCCACGACGUACCACAACGACUUCAACCGCAAGGACCUCUUCACCCAGCACCUCCGCCGCAUGCACGCCGCGCCCCCGACGUGCGGCCCCGCCAAGAGGAAGGAAUUCCCCGUCACGGAGGACAACAUCAAGGAUGUACAGGAGCGGUGCUAUUUGCGGCUGAGGGACACGCCGCCGAGGAGUAAUUGCCUUUUUUGCGAUAAGAGUUUUGUAGGGCCCGCGAGUUGGGAGGAGCGGAUGGAGCAUGUGGGGAGGCAUUUGGAGAAGGAGAGGGUUGGGGUCGAGGUUGGGGUGGGGGAGUGGAGGGAGGAUAGGGGGUUGGAGGAGUGGUUGGUUAGGGAGGGGUUGAUUGUUUGGGGGGAGGCUGGGUGGGGCAUGGGGGGUGGGAGGCCUUUGAGGGGGGAUGGGGAAGGGGAGGGGGUCUGA